AUGUCGAAAAGCCUAACUUGUGACGCUAGUCAAUCUGAAUUCAAUGGAUCUUGCUACAUCUUCUCUCAAGAGACAUCAGACUUCUACUCCGCCCAGGCCUCGUGCGAUGAACUUGGCAUGCACGUGGUCAACAUCGAAUCUCAGGAUGAACAGGAUUUUUUGGAAGGGAAGAUCGAAGCCAGUGGUGACCGUGAUCGAGACUACUGGAUAGGGUUGAGCGCAGUGACCUGGCUCGAUGGGACACGUCUUACCUACGACAAUUUUGGAUCGGGAAGGGCUUUCAACGAUGGUGCACAUUGCUUCAGGAUAUACCCAGAUCGUCCACGACCAUCAAUGGAUUUCAAGUGGUACGACGAUGAAUGCUUCGAAACAAGAUACUUUAUCUGUGAAAUAGAGGGUGCUUGUGGUGGUCUUAAUUCGGUUGUUUCACACAAUGGAUCUUGCUAUAACUUUUCUACCAGCAAAUCGAACUUUUCAAGUUCAAACUCAGCAUGCAAGGAGAAAGAUAUGCACCUCGUGUUCAUAGGAACGGAGAGUGAGCAAGAUUUCAUAGCCGAAGAAAUUAGUAAGCGCCAGUUUAAGCAGUACUGGAUAGGACUGACGAGCGCAGGCUGGAAUGAAGAUGGCUCAGGACUUCCUUAUAGUAAAUUUGCGGGCAGUGGAAGCUUUGAUAAUGGAAAAAUUUGUUAUCGCAUGGACUCCGGUCAAAGUUUUCAGUGGCUUGACAGAGCCUGUAAUUACGAAUAUUAUCACAUAUGUGAAAGCGAAGACGGUGAAGAAGCAACCGAAGCACACACGGAAUACUCUGUAACAACAAAAACAGUAACAACACAUGAUAUUAGCUUACCAAGGACCCAAGCGUCUUCAGCCACCCUACAACAAGGUCAAAAAUCAACCGAGGCACCAACGGACUUCUCUGUAACAACAAAAACAGUGACAACACAGGAGACUAGCUUAUCUAGGACUCGAGUGUCUGGUGUCUCCUCGUAUCAAGGUCAAAAAUCAACCGAGGCACCAACGGAAUUCUCUGUAACAACAAAAACAGUGACAACACAGGAGACUAGCUUAUCUAGGACUCGAGUGUCUGGUGUCUCCUCGUAUCAAGGUCAAAAAUCAACCGAGGCACCAACGGAAUUCUCUGUCACAACAAAAACAGUGACAACACAGGAGAUUAGCCUACCUAGGACUCAAGCGUCUGAUGUCUCCGCGCAUCAAGACCCUAUUAGCUCAGUAAUUCCAGCCGUCAUCAGCGUUGCAGUCGUCUUUCUGCUUACCAUUGUCAUUGGAGUCAUCUGCUACAAAAGAAGACUGCAAUCCAAAUCCGCAAUUCGGGAUACACUGCGUGACCCGGCACACGUUCUAAACCCAGCUUUCACUGCCCCUGAUGUCGAUAAAAAUGACUACACAGGACUUUUAAAGCCCAUAGAGGGCGCUUCAAAUGCUGCAAUGCCUGUAUCUUCAGCUGAAGGUCAACAAUCGCACCAAUAUACUGAAUUACCUUCCUCCGUGCAACCUGCUAAAAUAGGUGAGAACUGCAUUUAUAACGAGGUGGACGAACAGGACUACAAUGUCUUAUUCGGGGGUAAAGAACAAGGUGACUAUCAUGAGUACAACAUGCCAGAAAGUACACGCACAACAAGGAAUACCACUUACCAGGACCUUUUGAAAGAUAGAAUAUCAGGCAUAGCCACUUCCCCCUCAGGUAACGUGUUAAACGGUGUUGGACAUAAGUCUGGAGAAGACAAAGACAAGGUCCUUCGGCCUCGUAAUAAAGAGGGUCCUACAGAAACAGACAGCAACCAAUAUGAAGAUUUACGUCAGGGAAGUUCCGAUUACACCUCCCUCAUCCGCGACGGGAAACCCACGAGUCCCGUUUCUAAGAAUAUCUCUCCGAUAGUGAACCAAAUUUCACAAGAUCAGGACGGAGAUUACUCUGAACUACGUUCUGUCGUACCGCCUGUAAACAACGGGGGCAUCUACAAUGAAGUGGGGGAACAGGACUACAAUAUGCUGUUUGGGGGUAAAGAACAUGGUGACUACCACGAGUACAACCUACCAGGGUGUGCAGAGAAAUCACCAAAUGCAGCUUACCAAGAUCUCCUAACAUCUGGAAUGCAGGGAGGAGUUUCCAAUCCUAAAGCUAUGGACUUUCACGGUCAAAAUAAAAAUAGGGUUCGGACUGAAACAGACAAUGAAGGCUAUCAGGAUUUGCGCAAAAAUGAUGACAAUUACAAGUCCCUUCAUCCUGGUUCCGAUACACCUUCGAAACCUAAGCAGAGUACAUCAGUUGCUGAAAUUGAUAGCAGUUAUCAGGCUCUGCAGACAAGCGAUCCGGAGUACGCAUGCCUUGAGCCAAAUGUGGAUGACCAAUCUUCAACAAAUCCAAAGCCAGGGUCUGUCAAGAACCAUGAGUACCAGACUCUAGAGAAGUUACCAAGUACCUCUGAUUAUACUCCCGAUCGUAGUGAUGAUACCAGCCCUGAAUAUGCAGUCUUAGAACCAGCUGAUAUUGACGAAUCAACUGAGAGUACCAAUGACAGAGAAAAUGGCCAGGAACAUUCAUAUGAAUCCCUGCAACGUAGCCAAGAGAAUCCUGGUGCACUGAAAGGGGUGACAUCUGAUUAUGAAGAUCCAAUACAGGUUAUUCCAGAAAAGCCAUACGACAAUCUCCAACGAAAGCAAUGGUCGAAGCCGUUACAUCCGCACCCAAUGGUAGAGAAUGCCAAUGAUACCGGUGAUUAUGAAGAACCUCGCCCUGCUAUUGAGGAUUCAGCGAACGCCUAUCAGACCUUGGAUAAUCUCGGAUCGCAAGGGCACGUUCAGACCAAUGAAGAUAGCGACUAUUCACAUCUCCAAAGGAACCCCAGAGAAACGACCUCCAAAGACUUCAUCAGUGCUAUGGAUUCGAGCAAUCCGUAUGGGAAACUGAACGCUAAAUCCUAAGAAGUGAAUAAGAAAGGAACAUCGGACUAUAAAACCAACCUUAUAUCAUGUCUGUGCAAGAUAAAGGAAAGUAGAGACCACACAAGUAGUGGACUUUUUCAGGUUGUCUUCGUUUAUUUUGACCAUGGACCUAUAAAAAUAACGGUAAACGAAAUCCUACCUUUGAUUAGUGUGUAAUUAUUAUUCAACUAUCUGGUUAUGGAUUUUUGUUUUAUAUAAUUGCUUGUGGCUUUCUUGACUAAAAUAGGGACUCUUUCUUAUUCACCAUAUGAUAUAUUUUCAUUGAUCGAUUGACAUCAGAGUUUAUACAAUGCAUAUCUAUGGAAGAGACUAUAUAAUUCAUCAUAAGUGACCAUACGUUAUAAUUUUGUACAUACAUGUAUAUAAUUUUGUAAUUACAUAUUCCCGUAUAUUUUGAACUCCCGUCUAUCUUGAUAUGUAGGCCUAAGGCCCGGUUUAAAGAUGUGGUUUAAUGAAAGGUAGCCAAAUUUCACACAUAACUAAUUGUAAAGAUUAAAACUUUGAGUGCGUUCAGGGGAUGAGGAAUUGAUCACGAAUGGGAAAAGCCAAGUAAACAUCAAUAAAUGAAUAUAGUUUAAACG